AUGUACACAUGGGUGGGCUGCUAGGUGACGUCAUGAUUUCGCGCCAGCAAAUACAGAGGAGAAGGAAGCAGACAUGUGGAAGUUGGAGAGGGAGAGUGAAGGAGGAGGACAGCUGUAUAACUUUCUCAGCGAUACUGAUUACGUAGUGGGACGUAAGAACUGUUUAAUAUUGAUUGAAGAUGAUCAAUCCAUCAGCAGAGCUCAUGCAACCUUCUCUGUCAGCCACCCCCUCUCCAGUCUGGGCCGUCCAGACAUCAUACCUGUCCUGUAUGUUAAAGAUUCCUCAAAGUAUGGUACCUUUGUUAAUGGUGAAAAGAUGGCAAGUGCUACAUCUAGGAAUUUAAAGUCCGGCGAUAAGAUUACAUUUGGGGUGUACAAUAGCAAAUUCAGAGUGGUAUAUGAACCUUUAGUGGCUUGUUCAUCCUGUUUAAGCAGCACAGAGAAGAGUUCUUUAAACCAAGCACUGCAGAUACUUGGUGGCCAUGUUGUGAACAACUGGACAGAGAACUGUACACAUCUGGUGAUGGCCUCAAUUAAAGUAACUAUCAAGACAAUAUGUGCACUAAUUUGCUGCAAGUCCAUCGUGAAACCCGAGUACUUUAGUGAAGUUAUCAAAGCCAUCAAAGAGAAGCAAUCACUACCUGAACCUACAAGCUUUGUUCCUAUAAUUGAUGAGCCAUCCUUACAGACUGACUCGUUGGAUGUCUCAGAAAAUAGAAAAAGAAAAACUAUCUUCAAAGACAACAUUUUUCUAUUCUUGACUGCCAAGCAGCACAAGAAACUGAGCCCAGCAGUGCACUUUGGAGGUGGCAAAGCUCAGCUGUUAGUGGGCGAAUGUGACGACAAGCACCUGCUAGGAAACCCCAAGACUUUGGUGAUCGAUGUGGGAGCAACAGAAUCUCAGCUCUCUGAAUCUCAGACCCCAACCUGGGUCACAUCUAUCAUGACUAUUCUUCAAGGUAAAGGAUUGCGAGCUAUUCCAGAAGCUGAAAUUGGUUUAGCCGUUAUCUACAUGUCAACAGAAAUAUAUUGCAAUCCUCAGCAACGUGCAGGGAAUAGAAAUGAGACGGAAAAGGCCACUAGGAGUAACAUCAUUGGAUCUUCAUUUUCCUCCAGCAUGGCUGUCAAUGAAACUAUAAUGCCUGUAUCCACCUUCAACACCACAGCUUAUGUUGCAGAUACAGAGCCACAAGACCAGACUCAUAAUUGGGUGGAUAUAAGCGGAGCUCAAGAAGUUAAAGAGACACCCAAGAGCAGUAGACACGACAGCACUAAAUCUGAUAUGAGUGCGGACCGUGAUCGGGAAUCAAGUUCUAGUGGGGACAGCAGAUCUGCAUUGUUUCAGGAGCAAUCAAAACCAACAGAGAAAAAGAGCCAGACAAUUAUAUCUGUAGAAAAACCUGCCUCACAAAAGGCGAAAACCUCGCAGAAAAUGGUGUCAUCCAAGAUGCUGGAUUUUUUUAAGCCUACUGCCAAGAAAAGGGAUAGAGGUGUGGAUGAAGGAGAACUGUCUACUGCCAAGAUGGCAAGAGUGGAAAACAGCGUUUCCCAGGGUUCAAAUCCUGGUAAAAACGUCUCUUCAGUAAAACAGAAAGACUUGGAUAUUCUAUCUUCUAAUGAUAUGGAUUUAGAUACAGAGCCCAAUGUUGUAUCUAAAGAGAAAACAGACUUGUCAGAUCGGUGGCCUAAAUGUAAUGAUGCCUCCAUGUCUGGUACAGUGAAAGAUGCAUCAACGAAGAGGAAGCAACCAGAUGAUGAUGAUGAUGUGGUGGAAGAAUCUGAUGUGGAAAAUGAUGAAAUUAGUGAUCAAGUUAAAGAGAAAACCCACAAAACGAAUCCAGUCAUGAUCAAAAGGCAACGCUUGGAUUCAGGAGAAGAACUCAAAGCAGAGUUGUCUGGAAACAGUAUCAGAACUACGCAUAGUGAACAGAAAGUAAAAACAGAACCUUUGGUGAAACAGGAGCCAGUGUCCCCAAGUGAGGACAAAAAGACUAUGAUGAUGAUGAUGGUGCACCCAAAGAAAGAAAAUGAUGACAACAUUCCAAACAGACUUUUGCUGACAGAGUUUCGAACACUUGUUGUCAGUCGACCAGCAGGAUGCAGUCAGUAUACCACCAUUGCCAAGCAAAGAAAUGGACCUAAUUUUAAAAAAUUCAGAAAGGCUGCUUAUCCAGGAGCUGGAAGCUUUCCUCAUAUCAUAGGAGGUUCUGACUUGAUAGCUCAUGACAAGAAGAAGAAUUCCGAACUGGAACAAUGGUUACGUCAAGAGAUGGAGGAGCAGACUCAGCAAGCUAGAGAACAAUCCCUGGCUGAGGAUCUGUUCAGAUAUAAUCCAAAGAACGUGAAAAAGCGAAGAUAAAGGAAAUUCCUGACAUGAUGUAAAUAGAAAAGUGGAAUCUAUGCUUUGCAGAAGUGAGCAUUGAUCUUCUGUAGAACCCGUCAAUAGGCAUUUCAGAGAAGACGGCAGGAUUGGGGUUUAUAGUCCUGAUUUAUGAGGAUGCAGCUGAAUGUAUAAUGCUGAGCACUACAUGCACCCUCCCCAAUGAGUAAGCACCUUGAAGAAAAAAGUCAAUUAAAAGAGAAGUACAAGUCCUUUCCAUGCUCAUUAUGUAUGUUGAGAAAAAGUUUGACAGUUGGGGAACAGAAGUUUUAUUUACGCUGUUCUGGUAUGAUGUCUCCUAACACUCCUCUACUAAAAGCACUUGGAUGCUGUUCUAUGUGGUUUUGCCUGUGAAUAAAAUUUAUUUUUUUGCUUGUGAAUAAACAUUUUCUGUUUUUUUUCUCCA